AUGGAUACUUUGUCAGAUACAACAUGGGAUGUGAUCAUCAACGGGACUGGUCUCGCACAGUCUCUUCUGGCAUUGGCCCUCUCACGAUCUGGAAAGAAGGUUCUCCACAUAGACUCAAACCGGUACUAUGGCGGUCCAGAUGCAGCCUUUAGUCUGGAUGAGGCCCAGGAGUGGGCGGAAGAAGUCAACAAAGACUCUACUGAGUCGUGUUUCAGAGAUGCGUCUAUCUUUGUACCGGACUCUUCUGCCUCUGAGGCCUCGGAGGGUACAACCGCCGCUCCCCAGCUUGCGUCCAACCGUUCUUACACUUUGUCUCUAUCCCCAUAUUUCUUACAUGCCCGUUCUCAACUAAUGUCAGCCCUCGUAUCCUCAAAAGUCUUCCGUCAGCUAGAGUUCAUGGCUGUUGGAAGCUGGUGGAUCUAUACACCUGAACAGGCUAGUUCCGAGAACAGCGCACUUGGUGCAGAGAAAAUCUUUUCCCGUGUGCCUGGCAACCGAGAGGAUGUGUUCGCCGCCACUCAUAUCAGCAUGAAGUCCAAGAGGACACUAAUGCGAUUAUUGCGUCACGUCACCCAACCUAAGGAGGAGGUAGAUGGGGAUGAGGAUAUGUCAAUGCCGUUAAAGGAGUAUCUGACUUCUAAGUUCAGUGUCCCAGAGGAGCUCCACGAUCCUCUGUUGUCAUUGUCCUUGUCGCAACUGUCGCAUCAAGACACCCCUGCCAGCUACGCUGUUCCCAGGAUCCAAAGACAUAUUGCGUCUAUUGGUCACCUUGGGCCUGGGUUCGGCGCUGUGAUUGCUAAGUAUGGCGGCGGUGCUGAAAUAUUGCAAGCUGCCUGCCGUGCAUCCGCUGUGGGUGGUGGAGUAUAUGCUCUGGACACGCCUAUUCAUGACCUUCUAUGGCGCACUACGCCCGAGUUUUCUGAACAUCCUUUCUUGGCAAUGCUCGGGAAGACAGGGACCGUCCAGGCUAAGUUUAUCUUUUGUCCAGCGUCUCAUGAUCUUUCCGAACAGGCCUCGGGGCCUGCUGUCGAUGUCAGCCGUUCAAUCAAUAUCGUGUCGGCGACUUUCCCGUCUCUUUUCCCGGUUACAGUUGAAGGGGCUCCUGUGCCUGCAACUGCAGUCCUCAUGUUCCCGGGCGACACAUUGGGUAGUCCGCAAUCUCCGCCAGUGUAUGUCCAGGUGCAUUCGAGUGACACUGGCGAGUGUCCACGUCAUCAGAGUAUCAUCUAUUGCAGCGUCGCACUACCAGGACCGGAGGGUCAAUCGCUGCUGGCAUCUGCUGUGGACAGACUAGUCCAAGCAGAAGGAAGCUCGGCAAGUGUGCUUUGGUCUUUGCGAUAUACUCAUCGCGGUAACCUUAGUAAUGGCGAGACCAGGCACCUUACGACGGAAGAUGACAUUUCUAACCUCUACAAGUUCCCUGUAUCGAGUCUUGAUUUGGCGUUCGAGGACGAUGCUCUCGAACUAGCUAAAGAGGCCUGGAAGAAGGUUGUAGGGGAUGAAGUAGAUGAUGAUGAUUUCAUGAAGUUUGAUGAUCGCGAUGGCGCUUCUGAUGAUUCGUAG